AUGACAUUGGCCUUUGUGGCCUUUGUGAUGACAAUAAUCAGCUCAUCAGUUGUUAUGUCCAAUAACGUCCAGGGUGGCCCAAUUCCAAUGACCACCUACUCAGUCGUGUUGGACUUGAACAAUCGCUUCACUGUGCUCACGGGCAACAGCACCAACGGCAUCGCCUGGGCCAUCUUUAGCAAUGAGAUGAUGACCACCGGCUGGGGCUACCUGUCCAUCUCGACCAACGGCGCAUACAACGACACACUGCAGGCCGCCGCCGCCGGCUACAUCGAGGGCUUCCUCUCGGCCGACAUGAUCUGGCAGAACUGGAACAACAUGUUUGUCAACGAGUACCAAAAGACCGUGCCCCAGAACGUCUUCACUUGGGUCAACGAGAACAACGACUACAUGGUGCAGCAGAUCGCCUCCUUCCCCCAGGACCCAUACUGGCAGCAGGUGGGCCUCGUCUGGACUCAGAUCAACUUCCUCCACCAGGGCUACCAAGACGCCAACAUCGAGCCAUCGCAGACCCUCACCCUGUCUGACAUCCUGCUGAUGAACAUGGACGGCGACAUGAUCGACCUUGGACCCGCACUCAACUACACCAGCGGUGACGUGUCUGCCAUGCCACCCCUCAAGUCUGUCGAGGAGUUCAUGCGCAAGACUGGCCAUUGCUCCAGUUUGAUCAAGCUCACUGACGACCUUACCGAGCUGUACGCCGGCCACACCACCUGGUCGUCAUUCUACGAGAUGGUGCGUCUGUUCAAGAUCUACACCUUUGCCUUCUCGGACGAGACCCAGUCCGCCUCCAAGACCACCAUGUUCAGCUCGUACCCAGCUUCCCUGUCGUCCAUCGAUGACUUUUACCUGCUCGACACUGGCCUCGUCGUCAUCGAGACCACCAACGGCAUCAUGAACAACGAGCUCUACCUUGCCGUCACCCCAUCAUCCGUUCUCUCAUGGAUCCGUGUUAUCAUUGCCAAUCGUAUGGCCACAUCUGGCGCCACCUGGUGCUCGACCUUUGCCAUCCAGAACAGUGGUACCUACAACAACCAGUGGAUCAUCGUCGACUACAACCGCUUCGUGCCAGGCGAGGACGCCAAGGACGGCAUGGUCUACAUCUUGGAGCAGAUCCCAGGCUACGUCGAGUUUGACGACGUCACCAACAUUGUGCGCACCGGCUACUGGCCCAGCUACAACGUGCCCUACUUUGAGUACAUCUACAACAUCUCGGGCUUCAACGAGACCAUGUACCACACCUCCACCUACGGCAACUUCUUCACCUACUCGGCCAACCCCCGCGCCAUGAUCUUCCGUCGCGACGCCAACACCGUCUACACAUUCGAGCAGUACCAGGCCGAGCUGAGAUACAACAACUGGCAGCACGACACCCUGUCUGGCGGCAACUCAGGCAAUGCCAUCAGCAGCCGUUUCGACUUGGUCAAGUCCAACCCAUCGGGCAACCCAUACCUCAACAAGGACGCCUUUGGAGGCAUCGACUCCAAGGCCGUCAACCAGCCAAUGGUGCGCGCCAUGCAGGUCGCCGCCCAGUCCGGUCCCACCCACGACCAGCAGCCACCCUUCAACUGGAAGGACAACAACUGGUCCUACGUCCACGUUGGUAUGCCAGACGAGUGGAAGUUCCCAUGGGUCACCAUCACCCCAUCCUCCAUGACUCCCAACAAGUAG